UCUCUUUACAAAGCCAGAGAGAGUGAAAUUGAAACUGAACAACACUUUCAAGCCCUUGCCGAGAGAGAACGUGGACAUCUCAAAAGUGAAAUUAAACGAAUGGAAGAUGAGAUAGCUUCCUUAAGAGAAAAGAAAAACAAUCAAGAAAAUGCUAUAAACAAAACCACUAAGAAGUUGGAAGACUUAAAAAAACAAAUGAACUGUGAUGAGGAAGUUCUGGAGAGCUGGAUAAAAGAGUCGAAUCGUAAAGAUAAUGAUGCUAUCACAAUCCAGAAGUAUGCACAACAAGACGAAGGGAAACUAGGAGCAUUAACCCUUCAAGUAGAAAAGUUGACCAUGCAAGCAAAUCAGAAGCGCAGAGCUCUUGAUAAUGAGUUUACAGAAACUGUAACAGCUCAGAUAGAGCUUGACAAGACAGCCGAAGACUUUCGCAGAGUGCAUCAGGAGAGGCAAGAAGUCAUCAGGCAGUGGGAGAAUGCAAUACAGCAGAUGCAGAAAAGAGAUCAACAGAUCGAUCACUGUGCCUUGCUAAUAGCAGACAUAAAACAGGAGAUCAGAAAGAAAGAAAUUGUGCUGGAAGAGAAGACUUCUUUUUUGGUAAAUGAAACACUUAAUAAUAUGGAAUGCGAAAAGAGAAUUUCUUCUGCUGAACGGGAAGCUACCAUCCUCCGAAAUGAGUAUCAAACCCAGGAUACUUACAGGGUUCAGCUGCAGGAUGAGCUGGAUGCUUUGAAAUCUACUGUAGACAGAACUGCUUCUGAUCUAGAGUCACUGAGAGCACAAGUAACCAAUAUGAAGAAAGAAAUUCAGAAAAAAGAAGCCAGAUUAAGCAUUCUUAAUGAAAAAAAUGCAAGUCUUUCCAAUAAGCUGAAGCUUGUGACUGAGGAGACACUCAGCUCAGAAGACAAAGCUUUGAGGAUGGCAGAAAUGCUAAAGGAAGAAGAAAAAGUUGUCAAGGAAAAAGAAACAGAAGUGAACCACUUAAAAGAACUGCUUUUCAAGAAGACUCAAGAGUUAAAGGUGCAGAAGGAUAAGGAGAAGUGUGCUCUAGCAGAAAUUGAGGGAAGUCGAGCAUUGCUUAAAAAUCUUAAGAGUCAACUGCACAGACUUGAUGCAGACGCAUUAAAACAACAAGAAUUAAUUUAUAACCAGGAUUUUUAUAUUCAGCAAGUACAGAGACGGCUGUCACGGUUAGAAGGGGAAGUUAAUGCAGAUGAAAAACAAGUUUUGGAAGCAAAAGUUGCUGAACUUCAGAAAAGCUUAGAAGAAAAGAAAAACGCAUACGAUGUUUUACACGCCCAGCACAAGAAACUUCAGAAUGACAUCCAUUUCAUCAAGAGAGCAAUGGAUAAGACAAGAGAAGAAACAAGUGGUAUAAUGAUCAAGAUAAACGAACUAAACCUUUUCAAUGAGAGAUCAGAUCAGGAGUUAAAAAAAGCUAAAGCCAUUAAGCAGGAAUUGAUGGUUGAAGAUAACCUCUUAAAACUAGAAUUGAACCGUCUUCAAGAUACUCUGUGUAAUAAGACAGAAAAAGUUCUAACACUGGAAAAACAGAAAAUGGCAUUAAAGAAAGCCAUAGCAGAAAGGACUGAGGAAAUUAAGAUUCACAAGGCCAUGCUGGAUUCCCAGAUGAGACUUGUGGAACAGGAACGGCAACGCGCAAGUGCCGAAUUCCAAGAUCGUCUAAACAAAAUUGAUAAACUGAGAUGCAGAUACGAAAUUCUUACGUUUGCCACAAUGCCACCUGAAGGAGAAGAGGAAAAAACUCAGACCUACUAUGUAAUUAAGGCUGCACAAGAAAAGGAAGCACUUCGACGUGAAGGCGAUGAUUUAGAUGCAAAGAUCUGCAAAGCUGAAAAAGAAAUGGUAGCCCUGGAAAACACUUUGCGUGUACUUAAUAACUGCAACAGCAAUUACCGAAACUCUUUCAAGGAAGUCACCGAGACAAGUGAGGAAUAUGAGGAAAAACUGAAACUAGAGGAGGAGAAAAGGGCUGCUGAUGAGAACUACAGAUGCAAACAAAGACAGAUCAAGGAACUUGAAAAAAAUCUCCAGAGUAUGGAAAAAGACUUUGAUAUAGUACUGAAGCAGGAGGCCCUCUUCCAAGAGCAAAAGAAGGAAAAACAAGCUGUUAUUUUGCAGCUGAACAAAGACAUAGAAAAACAGAAGCCAAAACUAGAACGGAUUAUAAAACAGUGUUCCAGACUAUCCAGAGAAAUUCAAUCUCUGAAGAAAACUGGAACAAAAACACAGGAAGAAAGAGACAUUGAUCUUCGUGAACUGAAAAACUUCAGCGGAACCAUCGACAAAUUGUUAGCUGAUGUUCUAAAAGCAAAUCCUGAUUUAACUACACCCUUCCAAACGUACUUUCACCAGUCCAAUUUAGAGCUUCCUACAAUUGCUUCUGCUGGUAGUAGUCAAAGUUCUCAAUCACCAUCUGCACAAAGCUCGCUAGCUUCUACCAGAUCCUCCAGAAGCACAAGUUCAGGCUCUAGUGAGUCUGUAUCACUCAAGGUCAUAGAUCUGCACUUGCCUAUCACCGCUCCUGCAGAAGCAGCUGGUUCACAGCCAUCCCGCAGAGACAGCACCUCUGCUACUUGUAAAUACAAACACAAGUCUUAA